AUGAGUGAGGGUGGAAAGACAUUCAAAGAGCUGAGUUUCGCCGAAAACUUUAUCCUCAGUGGGACUGCGGCCGUCAUCGCCAAGACGGCCUCAGCGCCCAUUGAGAGGGUCAAGCUUAUGAUCCAGAACCAGGGCGAAAUGCUGAAACUGGGCACGUUGGACAAACCCUACAAGGGAGUUAUUGACUGCACAGUCCGCACUUUCAAGACUGAAGGUCUGCUACCAUUCUGGCGUGGAAAUCUGCCCAACUGCCUCCGAAAACUUGGAAAUCUGACGGUAUUGUUGGUCUGUACCGCGGCUUCGUCGUCUCUUGUAUCGGUAUCAUGUUUCAUUCUUGGUUAUGGUGUUACCGUCACCGCUGGCCUUAUGUCCUACCCCAUUGAUACCAUUCGACGAAGAAUGAUGAUGACCUCAGGUGCUGCUGUCAAAUACAAGGGAUCCAUCGACUGCGCAGUACAAAUUUGGAAACACGAAGGUGGCCUGGCUUUCAUGAGAGGUGCGGGCGCGAACAUCCUCCGUGGUGUUGCCGGGGCUGGUGUGCUGGCUGGCUUUGACAAAUUCAAGGAGAUGUACGUGCACUACAGGCUCUCAAGAAAACCAAAGGCGUAG